AUGCCAAUACUCAUCCUCUGCUUAUUGGCUGUUUCUCAAGCUCUUCAUUUUGCAGACUACAACGACGAAGUCUUCAAGUCCGCUUCAAAGCCAGUAUAUAAAUAAAUUAAAUUUAUGCGGCCAUAAGCGGGAUCCCCACUAGCCAGACUACCUUGACUCUAGGAAAGGUGGCCUACACUGGGUAUAUAUAUACCAGAGUGCAAAUUGUGUAAGGCCCAACAAAAUUCAUCCUCUUGAAUUUCUGGCGAGACUCACCUAACCUAAGAACAGCUCCUUUGGGCAGAGCGACCCACUAUAGGGUGCCCCAAUAGUCCCGAUAGAUCAAGAUUAUGUGAGAGGCAAAGUCUGCCUAGCCAUCUACUAGGGACAGGAAAACCUUCGGGGAAAAAGAUAGUUUCCCUCUUCGGCAAGGCUUCCCAAAAACCUGAAGGCCUGGUUCAAAAAAGGACAGAGACCUUACUUUCAGCUUAAUUAGGAUGAGUUCAACCUGCAUCAUAGGAAGUGCGUCUCGGGGGACCAAUUUCCGUCAAUGUCACCUUUUUAUUUCUAAAGUCAGUAAUAGGAAUGCUAACUUUGCCCAAUGAUAUCGAUUUUGCGGACCAGCCAAAUGUGAAGGCUUUCAUCAGAACUCCUUACGUCCAUUAUUUUGAAAGCGCUGGGAUGAGAGUUGUCCCAAUUCUACAUACUUUAGACGAAGAAGAAUUGGAUGAAAUUUUAGGGAAAAUCAAUGGUAAUCAUUAUUUAGGUAUCGUAUUUACUGGUGGAUCAACUAAGCUGAAUAGCUGGGGAGAAGAUGGGGAGAUCAUUUAUUCUCAAUAUGUAAAGACAGCUGAUUAUUUAUUAAAAUCAACAAUUAGGAAAAAUGAUAAUGGAGAAUAUUUCCCACUUAUGGGGAUUUGCUUACCCCGAACUUUGGAGCAAGCAAUAUACUUUAAAAAUUUUUGAUGCAUUCUAAAACACAAACUUUAUCACAUUCCAGAUUUUGAAGAUUUAAAUCAUUAAAAAUUUAAAAUUAAAGCUCCUUUCUAACAGUAAAAUUUUUUUCUUGCUUCAGAAUGAGGUUAGGUAUGGAAGUUCUGACAAUGGUUACUUCGAAAUCGUGCACAUUGACAUAUACAGAUGCAUGGAAUCAUACAAUAAAUGCGCUUUUUACUGAAAAGGCUCCAUAUUCAAAGUUAUUCAAAAACGUAAACCCAAUGAUACUUUAUUAUCUAAACAAGUAUAAUAUUACAGCUCAAAAUCAUCACUGGGGAAUCUCAAUUGAAACAUACAAAAGUAAUAUUUAUAUAGAAAAAGAAAAAUUAAAUACAUUUUGGGAUAUUCUUGGGCUUUCUUAUGAUAGAGGUAUGGUUCCUUACUUAUCGUUUAUAGAAGCAAAAAACUACCCAAUUUAUGCAUAUAUGUUUCACCCAGAAAAAACGCCUUAGUAAAUGUUAUUCAGCAAAUGGGAGGAGGCUGAAGUAGACCACAGUAUAAUUGCUAUUGAAGCUAGCCAAUAUUUUUCCUAUUUUUUCUCAUUGGAAAUCAGGAAAAAUAAUAAUUCAUUUGAAGAUUAUGAAGAUUACAUAGAGCAUUCCAUUUAUACCUUGACAGAUCCAUUUUUGGGACCAGAAGAUGAGCAGAAUUUUAUUUUUAAAAGAGUAGAUGAUCAUGAAUGCUAA